AUGUUUACGGCACAUUUCGAUGGAACAUCACAAAAGUCAUUUAUUUUGUACACCAGGACGCGAAAAAAUGUUCAUGUAGUGCCCAAUUAUGUGAGAACUGAAAACGCAAGGGAACGGCAUACCUACCGCCCCGGCCUGGAAGCGCUUGGCCAGACAAAGAAGGAAUUAAACUUUGUGGAUGUUCAGCAACCUCAAACCACCUCCGCAUUGGCGGUUCAUGCAGCCCUAUUACAGAUCCAGCCAAAAGUACUUUUCAUUAUCAGGUCUGUCUCAAACCAUAAUCUUUUUUCUUACGAAACGCACUGGGUUUCAGGAGCGGAAUGGUUAUCUUCACAAAUCAUACUUAUUUGGCGGCAACAUACGAAUGCUUUGGAAAAUAACGCUGUGCUGUUUCUGCUCCUGGAGACGUUGUAA